AUGGGCCGACGACACAACGCUCUAGCUGGUGUUUCGCGCUAUCUGCAGGUCGUAAAAAGCGCAGAUGCUGCCCCGACCGACGACACUUCCGACGGCCAUGUCUCCAGUCCCAUAAACUCGGGCUCUCUUGAGUACCUUCCUACAGACAGAGGAGGGGAGUCUGCGCUCGUUCUUCCGGGGGACACGAUUGCUGGAGAUGGCGACGCACGCGAAUCGGGCUCUGCGGCUCGAGCUACGACCAUCGCGACUGCGAACGAAGCACCGACGAGCGACGCGACUCGGAGCGCGCUGAAAAGAUCGGCUCCUGACGAAACCGGCUCGGCGAACGCUGAGAACGCGUCGCAGCGGCGUAAAAGGAAGCGCGCGACGGGGCUGGUGCCGUUCUACACAGACGCAUCGCAAGUUCCGGAGGCGCUCCAAAAAUAUUUCUCGCAACGCUAUCGCUAUUUCACCCUGUACGAUCGUGGCUGCCUCUUGGACGAAGAGGGCUGGUACAGCGUCACGCCUGAACGGAUCGCGGACCAAAUCGCCGAGCGGUGUCGUUGCGACGUCGUCCUGGACGCGUUCUGCGGCGUGGGCGGGAACGCGAUCGCGUUCGCCAAGACGUGCGAGAGGGUGAUCGCCAUGGACACGUCGCCGCUCAGGCUCGCGCUCGCCCGGCACAACGCGACCGUGUACGGCGUGGCGGACCGCAUCGAAUUCGUCUUGGGGGACUACGUCGCGUUCGCAAAGUCGUACGCUUCGGGCACAUCUGUGCGGUCGUCGGCGACAGCGACUGCGCCCUCGUCGCCAAGGAAGAUCGACGUGGUAUUCCUGAGCCCACCCUGGGGUGGCCCAUCCUACCUCGCUGGGUCGCCCGUGAAGACCAAGCCUGCUUACAUCACAGACCAGGACGAGGAGGACCUGCCCGUGGAGGAUCGCCACCCGACGUACUCGCUCUCGAGCAUCCAGCCCGUCCACGGCGCCGAGCUCUUCCGGCUGACGCGGAAGAUCACGCACAACGUGGCGUAUUUUCUGCCCCGGAAUACGGGUCUCGAAGAGAUAGGGGCGUUGCUGCCGUGCGGGGAGUCGGGAACGGAACGGGUCGAAGUGGAGGAGGCGUGGAUGGGUUCGAAGUUGAAGGCGCUUACAUGUUAUUUCGGCGGAUUGGCGGCGAGCCAGGAAUAUCUUUUCUGAAUGCUUGUCGCGUUUAUGUACCAAGUCGGACUGGAAGCUUGAAG